GUUGAGGACUGAGGUGAGGCUUAAGUCAAUUUCACUCACGCGCUCCUCUCUCGUUUUCUUCUGCUAGGGUUUUAGGGUUUUCUCCAGAGGAAGGACAAAAAAGAAAAUCACUGAAACAAAAAAAAUCUCCGAAUCGAUAGAAGCAUGGAUAGGUAUCAGAGGGUUGAGAAGCCCAAGCCCGAAUCGCCAAUCAAUGAGAACGAAAUCCGAAUCACAACUCAGGGUGUUAUCAGAAACUAUAUCAGCUAUGCGACCACUCUUCUCCAGGAGAAACGAGUAAAAGAGAUUGUACUGAAAGCGAUGGGACAGGCAAUCAGCAAGACGGUUGCCAUUUCAGAGAUUAUAAAGAGCAGAAUCCCAAGGUUGCAUCAAGACACUGCUAUCAGCUCAGUGAGCAUAACUGAUGUAUGGGAACCUAUUGAAGAGGGUCUUGUGCCUGUGGAGAUGACUCGUCAUGUCUCGAUGAUUUCAAUUACUCUAUCUACUAAGGAGCUUGACAAAUCCUCUCCUGGCUACCAAGAGCCUUACCAAGUGGAUCAAUCUAAACCACAGCCCAACUAUCAGCAGCAAUUGCAACAACCUAAGCAACCUCGUGUUCAAUAUAAUGCUGGAAAUGAAGAAUCAUAUAACCGAGGGCGGGGCCGUGGUAGAGGACGAGGGAGGGGUUGGAAUAGGGGCGGGUAUGGUGGAAACUAUCAGGGUGGGUAUGGUGGAAAUUAUCAAGGUGGUGGAUAUGGAAAUUAUCAAGGAGGUUAUGGAAACUACCAAGACAAUGGUGGAUAUUCAAAUCGGGGUAGAGGUGGUGGACGAGGUAGGAAUUGGGGUUAUCGUGGUACAGGUACAUAUGAAAGAGGUACAGGUUCUGGAUAUGAGAGGGGUACAGGUUCUGGAUAUGAAAGAGGUGCAGGAUAUGAAAGAAGUACAGGAUACGAAAGAGGUGCAGGUUACGAAAAGGGUACAGGAUAUGAAAGAGGAAGGGGUGGAGGUGGAGGGGGAAGAGGGUAUGGCCGUGGCCGAGGACGGAUGGGUGGCCGCUCAAGGGGGGGCGGUGGCGGGGGCAGUGGCGGUGGCGGUGGCAACCAGGUGUAAUCGGUUGACAGUAUGCUGUUAUUUUGCUUUAGCUAAAUGCUUGCCUGUGGUCCGUGGGGGUGAAUUUUUAUCAGGUUACUGUUUUUAAUAGGCGUGAAAUGUGAGCUUUCGAAAGCAGUUUCUAUUUUCAGUUUCCCUCUUGCGUUUAUAUGAAAUGUGGGGCAAAGGUUGUUUUAGUCAAGUGCAAAAAGUAGUUGGUUUAAGCUGUUAAUUCGUUCCAACUAUAUUCCCGCCAAUAUUUGUAUUUAGAUUUUUUUGUUUGUUUAUCACAUAUCUUUAUUCCUUGAAAAGCAGCCUCUUUUAUACUAUUAAAAUAUAACACAGCCAUGUUAUUUCCUUGUUUA